GCAGCCAGUGUGUCAACAUGAAUAACACACCGACACUCACACUCACACUCCUGCUGCUGCUGCUCUAUAAAACCAGAGGAGACACCUACACACCGACACUCACCGAGCUGCUCACUGCCAAGAGACAUAUCCAGCUUUUAAUGGUGGGUCUGGACGCAGCAGGGAAAACCACUAUCCUGUACAAACUGACGCUGGCUGAGUCCGUCACCACCAUCCCAACUCUUGGUUUUAAUGUAGAGACAGUGGAGUACAAGAACAUCAGAUUUUCACUUUGGGAUGUCGGUGGUCAGUGUCUCCUCAGACCCAUGUGGAGACAUUACUUGGUGAACGUAGAGGGUCUGAUAUUUGUGGUCGACAGCACCGACACUGAGAGGAUCAAAGUAGCUGCUGACGAGCUGCACAAGAUGUUAAAACAUGACCGACUGAGAGACAUGCCCAUACUGGUGUUUGCUAACAAACAGGAUUUACCCCGAGCCUUGCCAGUCAGUGACAUCACAGAGGCCCUGAGCCUAUCAGGAGUCUCACAGCCGUGGUUUGUCCAGGCGUCCUGUGCUGUGAGCGGUACGGGUCUGGCCGAGGGUCUGGACUGGCUCUCCCACCAGAUCAAGUAGAGGCUGAUCUGGAGCUUCUGCUUUAAUUUUUGUGUUUUCCUGCUGAGUCCUCAAACACAUCAGGCCGCAUUUGGUAAUAUCCACCAAAACCACACAAUACCUGAUGAGCCUGUGAAGAAGAGAAACAUAACAGAUCCCCAGGCAGGUUUUAUUGCGUAGUUUUGGUGGAUAUUACCAAACGCAUUUUCAGGUCAUCAAAUUACUACAAAGUAGCUGCGAUAUAGACAAACCCUCAGAGUCCCUGACAGAGGUGGAAAGUGACAAAGUAUACUUACUCAAUAUACUGUACUUAAGCCUUUCAUGCUGUUUUGGUCAACUUUGACCCAGUUUUACAUUUGUGAGCAGUAAAGAUUGCUGAUUUCUUUCUUUUUAAACUUUCAUUAUAGUAUACUAUGUAGCGCAGUAAUAGUAGUAUUAGUAGGUAGUACCCUACAGUGUAUUACGAUGAUGCAUUGUGUAUGUAGUGUAAUGUGUAAAACCAUUGGUUGUGCUUUCUCUCCUAAAAUCUUGAUGUACAAACUGCUUUUUUAAUGCUACACUUAAAGGAUAAGUCUGUGUUAUUUUAUAUUUUCUUACUGUUAAUAAAUACCAUGAAUCAAACAAACAAUUUGUUUGUGCGUCUCUGAAUACUUUUUGAUUUCUCUCUGUCUGUGGCACACUGGCACAAUCCUACUAAUAAAUAAUAAAACACAA